UGCGCGCGCGUAUGGACAAUAUAAAAUAAACAUUAUAUUUGUCGUGUAUUAUCGUUUGCAUUAGUUGGAAAUCUACUGUAUUACACAUAAGUUCAAAUGAUCAAUUUGUUUAAACAAUUACCAAAUUCAACAUUCUUUAAUUGAUCCCAACUUUAAAUAAAUGGUAUUUUUCUUUUAAUUGCAUAUUAUACCCAACGGUUUUAUUUAAAAUAUUUUUUUAAACAAUUUUAAAAUCAUGGAAACUUGGGAAAAUUGGAAAACUGUGUCCUUAUUUGUUUGUGUAUUUGCUAUGGUUAGAGAAAUACGACCAAUUGAGCCAUUUUUCACGUCAUACCUCAAAAGUAUGAAUUUCACAUCAAACCAGAUCAACGAAGAAAUAUAUGCAGUGGGGACUUACUCGUGUCUAGUAUUAGCUGUUGUAAUAUUCUUAGUUACAGAUUAUUUUCGGUACAAACCGUUGAUCAUUGCUGAUGGAAUUGCUGGAAUUUUCACAUAUGCGUUACUACUAGGAACACCUAGUUUAUUCAGAGUUCAAAUGGAACAAAUGUUCUUUGGAUUUUUUUAUUCAUCAGAAGUUGCGUUCACUACGUAUUUGUAUGCCAAGGUCGACGACAAACAAUAUUAUCAAAAAAUCACCAGUCUAGUGAAAGCAUCUAUGUUAUUCGGCAGAUUCCUGUCUGGAUUAAUUGCGCAAACUGUUGUUUCAACACACUUCUUGAACGAAGUUUAUCUACUAUACAUCAGUAUAUUUAGUACUUCAUUUGUAACACUAUGGUCAUUAGUUCUGCCUAAAGUAGAACACAGCUUAUACUUUCAUAGAAAUAAGGAAUUAUCAGUAAACAUUAAACGACAUCAAUCUAAUGGGGUUGCCAUUGAUGAUAAUAUAUCAAAUGAAGUUCCUAAAACUUCAAAAGUAACUAAAUUCAAAGAAGUCAAGCAGAUGAUUUUUGAUGACUUUCAAUCGGCAUAUAAAAAUACUUAUGUAGUGAAAAAAUGUUUUUGGUGGAUACUUGCCGUUGUUGGUCAUAUUAUAGUAGCAACAUAUAUUCAAGUUUUAUGGGAGGACGUGAACAAAAAUAAAAAAGAACUAAUGAAUGGCGCCGUCGAAUCUAUACACACUCUUUGUGGUGCUGCAGGUGCAUAUGCAGUUGGACACUUGGACUAUGAUUGGAAAAAAUUUGGUGAUAUUAUAUUUACAGUUGGAACCUUUGUUUUGGCUUUAUUAUUAUUCAUUAUAUAUUACUGCGAUUCAUUAUGGAUAUUAUACCUAUUAUAUAUAAUGUUCGGUACUUGUUACCAAAUAUUGUUAACUAUCACUACCUCUGAAGUUGCGAAGCACAUAAAACCCGACAGUUACGGACUAAUAUUUGGUUUUAAUUUGUUUAUGUCAUUAUUGAUAAUCUCAAUAUUUACAUUAUUAUUUAUCCAAGGCCUUGUUGUUGUUAUAGGAACCAAAAAUCAGAUAUUAACUGUUUCUCUGAUGUUUACUUCGAUGUCUACAUUACUAUUUGUUGUGGCUGUUAGAAAAUGGAAAAAAUAAAUUCACUAAUUCUGUGGACAAUGGAAGAAUGCUUUAACCAAAAAACUGUACUUAUUAUUAAUUUACAUUUAAUUCAUAAAAUUGUUUGAGUACCAUAAUCAUCAUAUUACGUACCUUCUAUGUUUUCAAGGUAUCAAAGUUUAGAUUUAAACUAAUAUUUGAAAAGACAAUGUUUAUAUAUUUGUAAAAGAAUAAAAAUGAUGCUUGUAUGCAAUUCA